UGUGAAGGGAGAGAGAGCUAGAGUGCCAGUGUAAUUUAAUAGCAUAGAGCAAGUUUGCCUGUAGUCAUUGAAGCAUGUGGUAGUGCAGGCCUGAGAUAAGGGAAUUCUUGCAGUAAAGAAGGAAUGUAAAGGGGGGCCCUUGCCUUUUAGACAGCACAGAAAUAAAAGCAUUAGAGAUGGAGAGGCCUGUCUUAAAUGCUCGUGGAGCAUUGCUGUCUACUGAACCUUCUGCUGCUAAUCACUGUCCCCGCAGGAGAAAGGAGCUGAGUGCUGGGGGAGCCAGAAGACUCCUGUCCUGCUCAGCGUCAGGAGGGGGACGGUGCAACGCUGUCUCCUUCCAGCCGCCGGGGUUCCUCUGGGUCAGGACCCAGCACCCUCCUGCCACCGUCAGUCUCCGUUACAGGUGCCUGCCAAGAGCCCCUGUCCUGGGGGUGCCCUGUGUAGCCCAUGACUAAACCUGGAGCUCUGAAGCCCUUUCCUCAGGCAACGGCGAUGAUCCUCCAUAUGCGGCUGUGGCCAUACACAUCACGUUCAUUGCCCUGUACGUCAGGCACCAAGCAUUUCCUGAUAAAAUACCUGUUUUCCUGUCUGUCCCACUGAAUCCCAUUAUCUAAAUGGAUGCAGGUUAGUGCUUUUAUAUUUCAGUCUCUGGUUUUAAAUUGUAGAGCGCAGAAAAGAAAUCCUUUCUGCAUGGCUUUCAAAGGCAAUUAAAGCAGAGCCAGCUAAAUGGCUGUAACGACAGGGGAGUGCUGUAGGCUCUUUUGAUGUAUCAGCUCUGUUUUAUUCACAGCAACAGUUAUAACGUACUUAAUCAUGUUCAAUUCAUAUUGGGUCCGUGCAUAUUUCUAGCUGCCUCUUCCUUUGGUAGUGGGGAGAAAGCUCAUCAUUUUCCUUUCAUUAGACUUCAUUAAGCCUGGCGAGGAGCUGGAGGGCUGUUGAAUGCUCUGAACAUGGGUGCUCUUUGCUCAUCGUCAGCCCUGGUUCAGCUGCUGUUGCAAACCAGAGAUCAAGCUCUACACCUCUGGGUGAAUUUUGGAAGCUGUGUCAUCAGGACUAAGAAUUGGGCAGGAAACUUUUUUUCCCCUUCCUCUGGUUUGGGGUGGGGGGAGGAGAACGAAAUAAAAAAAAAAAUUCUCAGCUGACAUUGAGGUAAGGGAGUCAUUUUAAAUGUAUUCUUCGAGAAAGAGGAAAACUCAUCCUCCUUCAGUUCCUCCGUUGGUAACUAGGGUGCUAAGCUGGAAUACAGCAAGCCUGGGUUUCAGUACUGAUUCAGUAACAGGAAGACAUAGGGACUAGAACUGGAUCUCUUAAAUUUGUACAAAUCCUUUAAAGAGCAGGCUCUCAAAGUUCCUCCAAUAUAACACUGUUGUUUGGGCCAAGUGGAACAUGAAUCAAGAGAGACUUCUUCUCCAGCUUUGGUAGUUGAAGUACUCUUGAAGACACAACCUGGAGGCCUCAGCUGAGUGGCUGUGUUGGAGAGGACUGUGUCCGCUGAGGAAUUGCACCCCAAACAGAAAACUCUAUGGAAAUACUGUGGACAAAACUGAUCAUUUUGCUGAAACUUUCUGUUGCAACAGACUGUAACAGAGGACAGUGUAUCAAUAGCUUCACAACUGCAUCUCAUCAGAAGUUGGCUAUACCAGCCAGUGGGAGUAUGUGGAGGAGGAAAGAUGUUUCACAGUUCUGGUAACUGUGAGCUGGAACCUGUGAGCAAAUGUUUGUUUGCUUUGGCAGCAAGCCUUCUGUCUGAGCAUCCCACAGGACCUUGUCAGUGAUUAUCCCUGAUGCACAUAUGGCCACCAAGGAGUCACCUUCUUAAGAAGGGAACCAGCGGGGCACGAUCAGAGUCUGCACACUGCUGCUCCACAGGUGGACACUGGGAUGGUAUUCUGCUUUUCUCUCUGCUCCUGCACAGGAACAUUGGCUUUGAAAACAGGUGACUUGUGAGCUGAAUUACAUUUAAGUGAAAGUACUGCCAUGUCCUGACUUACCUACUGAGUGUAAUGAGCUUCAUAUUCUUUGGCCUUAUUUCAUCAAUAUUUUCCCUCAGAGAUCUUCAGCUUGGAGAUGUUUCAUGAAUUAGGCUGGAAGAGCUAGCCAGGAUCCUUUGGAAAAGCUAAUGGCCAGUCUGAGAAGCCCUGUGUAUGAUGAAUUAGCUCAAGAAACUCAGAUCACUGUGAAGAUAAGUCACGGUGUCUGAUCACGUUAAAAGCAUGAAGGCCAGUGACAAGGCUCACCUCGAAGUGGAGGAGAUGUGAGGAAAGGAGUCCUGAAUGAUUCUGCUCAACCAUGGUUCCAUCCCUGUGCUCCCACCAAAAUUUAUCGGACUACCUCUCCAAGGAUCUCCUGCUGCUCUAUGCAUUCCAGUUGGACUGGUUCUUCAGGUGAUUUGUAAUGACAAGAUUUAUUGCCUCUUCUCUGUAAAUUGAGAGCUGCAAUUGCUGUAUUGUCUGUUGAUGAACAAAGGAAAUAUAAAACAUCAAAGAAGCAUUCCACAUUCAUUUAAUGCCUUAUUCUUUCUAUUCUAAAGAGAAGUUCUUUAGUUUAAGAAACUGGCAGCACUACAGAACAGGAGAGAGAAAACUCACAAAACUGUAGUCUGUGUUGGAAAUCUCCCAUGUAGGAACUGACCCAUGGAUUUUGGAUUUCUGUUCAACCUUUGACUGUAAGGAAGGAGGAAGAAAGCUGAAUGAAGUGCAGUUGGAAAGAGAAAAGGAACUGCUUGGAAGAAACACUUUUUGCAAUAUUAAUGCAAAUCAAAACUGGAAUAGACAAUGUUUCCAAAAUUUUUCCCCAGAAACACUGCAAUAUUUGAAGAAAUGUUAAAAAAAAUCUCAUGAAGAGUAAAUCCUGUUACAAGAGACCAGGAAUAUUAUAAGGGCAAAAGAAUCCCAGUGGGAGAUGCCUGGGCCAUAAGGGAUGUAAAAGGCUGCUGUAAAGUAGAUGAGUGCUAAUCUGAUGAAGGGCUGGUGACAAUAUUUCUCUGCACAUCAUAACUGAAAACGACCCUGGAGAUGAACAACAAGAACACUGUGGAGCAGCAGAGAAAAUAUGAAUGAGGAUCACCCCUUGGAUUCAGAUUGUUCCUCCACAGGCCCAUGAGAUUAGAAAACCCCUCUUCAUUUCUAAUUAUUACGUCCCACAGACACAGUACCAAGUUUUCUCUAUUCUGUUCCCUAAGUCUCUCAUAAUUUCCUGGCCAACAGACUAUUCUGGGCUGUGUUUAAGACACUUCAUCACUUUAAAGCCAUACUUUUUUUGACGCAUCUGUUUUUGAAAAGAUGCCCUCCCUUGAGGGAUAACCUAGGGAUGAUAUUUCCUGCUACAUCCUAAUCGGAUAGAGAAGUCGCCCUUGCAACAUAAAACCUGUAAUCCUCGUGGGACUGAUGGCCCUCAGUGCUUAGCUGCACAGGCAGCCCUGGGAAACGGUCUCCUCCUCCAGAAUGUCGUGCAGCUGCAGAACUCGCUGCCGAAGGACAACAUGCAAGUAAAACUGUCAGGACAACAUCCCAGCUAUGCGUAACAAGAUGAACUUGAAAGCCUGAGGAAGACAAAGUAAACCUAGACACAGGAGCUCAACCUGAGCAGCCUUCAGCUGGAUGUGAGAGAGAGGACUCGCACCUGGCUCUGUUUUGCUCAUUGUUAUCAGAAGCAGCCUCGUGCUUCAAUUCAAGGCAAUUGGCUGCAGUAAGCCGAUGGGGAAUGCGAGAGAGAGCCCGUGGUGAAUAACGUCAGCAGGGGUGAAAGGAUGCACAGGUCAAAACUCGUGUUGCCGAGCGCUGCGGGCAGAGUGGAUCUUUUCUUCGCCAGAAGUCAAACUCUCCGUUUAGUUAAGUUUGUGCUCACAUCCAGGACGCUGGACCUUGCGCUCCCUCCUUCCCUCUGAUGCAUUCUUGCGAGGGCACCUCGGCUCCCUGGAGGGAGGAAGCUCUGGCAGAGGCACUGCAAGUUUCUUUGAAGCUUUGCUUCAUAUGUUCUGAGGCAAAAAGGUAAAUGGCUCAAAAGCCUGUGUGGGGAGGGCGAACAGCUGCAGACUAGCUGCUUUUUGCCAGGCAGCUCUCCACAACCUUUCCCGCUGGCACGGGAGGCCGGCGCUCAGCACCAGAGACAGAGCUCGGAGAGGAGGGAGAGACGCAGAGGGGAGGGGGAAGAAUACACCUUUUACGCGUAAUAGGAACUUUUGGAUUAGGAAAAUGUUUAAUUUAAGGGCCUUGUAUAGUCAGUAUCUUUCUUCAAUUUACAUAACUUACAAAUAUGAAAUAGAAUAACCUCUAGGGACCUUAGGAAUGUUAUUCAGCUUUACGAACUCAUUACUCAAGUAAUGAAAGCAUUUUCCCCCUGUUAUGCUUGCUGCACAAUGACACUUUUGUUAUCAGAUUCUGACUUCAUCAGCCAAUCUGGCUCCCAGCACCUGAUACAAAGAUCAUAGAUGGAUUAUAUAUAUUAAAAUAUUCUUUUCUGAUACUGAAAAAUGACCCAAAAUAUCACUAUUGAGGAUUUUAGUUGCACUGAACAAUUUAGCCGUAGGUCCCAUAUCCAUUUAAAUGAUGUGACUAUUCCCACUGGCAUUAGCCCAGUGUAGGAAGAAUCCAUUUAGAUGAAGCUCUGAACAAUGCCAUCAAUUCAUUUCACUUUAGGCUUCCAGCACUGCUGAUAUCCCAGUCUUUGGUCUUUAAAAUGGUCUGCCAACUCUGGUUGAAAGCAAACCUUUUGAUACCCAUACUAGCUCUCAAAAGUAGACCAGUGCACCUUCCAGGCAAUAUCCAGGCCAAUCCUGGUCUUUGUCCGGUAGAGAUUUGCAGUGAAUAACAUUAUAAAUUAUCUUUCAAUUUGGCUAUUUCUCUUGAUUAAACAGGCAGGCUUAAUUACAAGAUGAAGCCCAGAAUGAUCUGUUAGAACAUGGUUCCUGGCUGAAGGUAAGAUUGAUGAUGGUCCAGUGUGCAGGACCAUCCUAGUGAAAGAAGUAGGUAGUGCUAGUUUGUGAGUAGAGCCUUCUAUACCUGGUUAUGGCCUCUCUUUUUGUAGACAAUUAUUUGUGACUGGUUUUAUUUCUCCCCUCUCAGAAUGAUGGGGAAAAGAAGUGGCUGAUCCUGCUGACCUCCUGUGUACAUUCUUUGGCAGUCAUUCAAGGACAGUGCUAUGUAAAAACCAGGUAUUGGUAUUGGCUGAUAUUGUUAACACUAUUGCUGCUGUUCCAUGGCAUAGAGGGAUUCUGUCCUACUAGAGUAAGUGUUGUCUAACCCUUAUGAUUACCUUAUAUUAGCAAAUUUUAUGAAAAGACAUAUUUACCAGGUUUCCAUCUAUCUCAGAGGAAACGGGAGGAAGGUCUAUGGGUAGAUCCUUUAGGACUGUAUCAGGAAAGGAAGAGAAUUGACUCUGUCCUGUGGUUAUUUGGAGGAUUAGGACAUGAGGAAGGGAGCAGCCCAUCAUUUACCAGCAGCUCGUCGACAAAUUCAGUGCACACGGCUGAGCCUGUGUGAUUGACUCUGUAUCAGCUAAUCAGACCAGAUACACUAAGAAGCAAUGAGUUCUUCUAUUCUCUUUUGUACCUCUGUUUAUCCGUGAGCAGAAUUACAUCUGUUUUACACCAUCUGCAUUCAAAUACCAGCAUCCUCCCCCUCAAGAAAAUGUCAGUAAAACCAUCUUGACAGCUUUUCAUGGGAGCAGACAGGGAGAAGACUUUAAAAAUGUAUACCCACUAAGACUGGUAACAGAGCUUAGGGGGACAGACUCCGUAAACAUGAUUUGGAUCAUAGUUAUGUACUGUGAGGUAGGGAAGAUGAAUCAUGCCUUUAGAAGCCAUUUCUUUAAACUUGGCUUAGACUGAGGUGCAGGAGUGAGCAGUCUUGACCCCGGACACCUUUAUAUAAUGGACAGUGAAACUGACUGCAGAAUUAUCUGACUUGUGUUUGUCAGUCAGGAAAAAAGUCCUUGCAGGAAAGUACUCAGAAGACAUCAUGAAACCAAGAAGUCCAGUGACUCAUCCAUAACAACUGGACUCUUCCUCUCUGAGUACAGGCAAUUCAGUCUUUGUGAUUUUGUCCAAAAGAUCGUGCUGUCCCAUGUUGCUAGUCAUAAUGGACUUCACUGAAUGAGAAAGGUAAAGAAGCGAAACACCAUUUAAAGAUGAACUGUAGCAAUGACUUGUGAAAGUUUUCAUAAUCUGGUGAUCUAAUAUUCCCAAGUGGGAUGAAAUUCUUAAGAGUUUAUAGAUCCAGACACAGCUAAUCUCCUAACAGACAAUUCAGCUGCACUGAUGAGAUUUGAGUUUACAUUUUAAAAAUGCAUGUGUCCAUUUCCAGGUAGGUUUACAAAGCUAGUGACAGGAACUGAAUCAGAUUACAUGUGCUAAUGACAUGAGUCAUGGGACCAAUAUCUGUUGUAAAGCACUGGAAAAUUGUAUCGAGAAGUUCACACUUUUCCUUAUUUUACCUGUCAAACUCAAAACCAAAUUUUUCUUUUUUUAAAAAAAAAAAGUGCUUUGAUUCUUUACAUUUUAGUUUUGCUAGACUACUGACCAAGCAGAGUUCUGAAUUUUUAUAGUACAGCUCUGAUUUCUUCGGCGCUCAUCAAUAUUUAGUCUGUAUUAGAUCUGCCUGGAGAGUAUAGCCUCAUCUCAAUGGGAAAUUCAGUGAUUUGACAUUUCUUUUUGAUACAGAAAAGGACCAGCGAACUAAAUAUUCUCAUGCAAAUGACAAGUUGCAAAAAAUUUUGGCUUAAGUAAUGUCUAAAUGUACCAAAGCCUUGUAUAGAAAUGAAGGUCGACUUUGAGGAAUUGAAAUACAGCAAUUAAAUGUAGCAGAGGUGCAAUGAAGCUAUGUUUGAAAAAGUACAUUUCUCCCUUGCUUGCACUGUUUGAUUUAGAACAACCAGCACAAAUGUUAAGUUAUGAUGGAUGACGUGAACUGAGGUCUGGUAGGAAGCAGCUCAGAAUGGUUGUAAGUGGAUAAUAACUGUAACAAAAUAGCAAUUGAUUGCUUAAGUGUUUGAACCUUUGACAGAAUAAAUCAAUUCUGCAAAGAAUGCUAAGAAAUGACAUGUCUUUGGCAUGCAUUUUAAAAAGAUCUAUUUUAUGCAUGCGCAUCUGAAUGCUGUUCGGCUAAAUUGUCCCUCUAAUGCACUACAAAGAAAUGGAAGGGAACACCGGCAAAGGAAGAGAUGUAGUAACAUCACUGAAGGAACUGAAGGAUGAAACCCAGUCUGUUUCUGCAGUGCAGGUCCGCAGCCUACGUAAUGUCGUAAUGUCGUUACGGCGAUCCCUGGGGGCAUUCCCACGUUGGGCUGGAGAGGCUGUCCCGGCGGAGGACAGACGCUCCUCUGGCUCCACGGGCUCCACGGGCUCCCCGCCAUGGCCAGGGACUGUGGCGCGUGCAGCCAGUCCUCCCGCCAGGGUCGUAGCGCAGACACCUGCCUGCCGCGCUGCUCACAUAGAGGACCCAAUCAGGCAGGGCACAUAUCGCUUUGUAUCUAUAAAGAAAAGUUGUCUCGGCCUUCAGGAAGUUUACAGCUCAUAUAAGAGUGAGAUUUAGGAUGCUAGAAUAGCCACCAGAGAAAAAAGAAUCACCAGAUUUAGAAAAAAAGAGAUCCCUGUAACAUUAUUCUGAUCUCAUAGUGUAUAAUGCUAGCAGUAGGUUUCCAAGAGGAGCAGAGGAAUGGCAUUUCAUUGCCAAUAGCAAAUGCCACCUAUUUUUUCUUGUCUGAACAGCACCUGAAAAUUGCCUAUUUGGAAUAUAAGAGCUGCAGGAAUUAGGACUGGUUCAAGCAGUGGAACUGUUACUGCUUUUUCAGAUCCUUCUCUCUAGGGGAACUGGUGGAGGCAGCAGAGAAAAUGAGAGUUGCAGCAGUAGGUUGGCAUUUGCCGCUAAGCUGUUGGCAGCAAUUUCUGGCAGUCUGUAAGAAGACGUGCAGGGAAAUGUUUGCCAUUUCUUCUUUGGUGACAAGAGUCUUGCUUCCAAUCUCACACUUGGGGCAUCCCUACCUCCCUGGAGAAGUUGAUUUUUGGGCCCAAUCCAGCAUGUAAAAACCUGCAUGUUCCCCACGCAGCCCCUUCCACCCACAGAGCAGUAGCCCGUCUCCCCCCUCUAGGCCUGGGGGUCCCUGGCUGGGAGGUAGGACGGGAAGGGAUCCUUCGUGUGAGCUGCUGUGCUCGGAGCCUGAGGCUGCUCUGCAAAUGAGUGUGUCUGGGAAGGAAGGGGAGGAGAAAAGAAGGGAUUUCUGCCCACGCUGCUUCUGUCCCCUUUGCUCCUGCUCUCCCCCACCCCCUGCCUCAGCACCCAGGAGGUCUAGCCGUGGUAGCAGCCAGCUCCCUUUUCUUACCCUGGACAUGUGAAGCCUCCUGAAACUUAUGUUCGCCUUUUCAAAUUCCACUCCACUUCUUACACUGUGCCCUGCUUCGCGGGAGACUGCGAAGGGGACAGUGCCAGGCACACAGCUGGGAGCUCUCCGGAGGCAGAAAUCUUUAGAGGUGCUCUGUCUGCACAAACUCUGGAAGGGAGAAAAAGAAAGAUGUUGCAAAUCAGUCAAGACGUAGCCACUGUGCCGGGUGCGCAGAAAGGAGGAGGAGGGAGGAGACAGGGAGAUAAGGAAACAUCCCCGUUCUCUGCAUUUUGCUACUCUGCCAGAAUCUGCAAAUGUCAGGCUCUCCCAGCAUGUGUCUGAGGGGCUGCGAUACAUCUCAGGAUAAGCUAGGAAGAGAUACACUAUUGGCUAUUUCAUGUGCACUGUGUCAUCUGGCAGGCUGUAUAUAUCACAGGGAAAGCAGGGACCACUCAGUCUCUGAGCAAGACUGCUUCCAGUGUGUUGCUCAGGGUACUUUAAGGAUGGAAAGAAGUGGAAAAAGCAGCCCUUGCUUUUUUGAUUCUGACAAGCUCUGAAAACUCUUUGAGAAAUAGGGAUCUGCUGAAUUAAGGACUAUGUGGAAAAGCAAUAAAGCAGAUUUCCAAGGACAAGCUGUGGGAGAGAAGCAGAACAGUGUCCAAAAGGAAAUAUUCGCUAGGACUUCUUCCUAGGUGCACAGAGAAAGUGUUUUGGGAUCUUUGAUAUUUCAGCAUCAAAUCAGCUCAUCUGUAGGACAUAUGGGACUGGAAAAGAAGAACAGCAGCUGGAGAGUCCCUGGAGCAAAGCUCACAUGUAAUCAGCACAGGAAGAAGGACCCAUUUAUCAAGUCUUUUAUGUAGUUUGCCACUACAGGACGUAUUUUUAAAACUCCAGCGUGUACCUUCUCUCCGGCAGCUGCCAACUCAGCGCCUGAGCUCCUAGAAAGGAGGGAGGGCAGAAAGAGACGCCGAGCCUCCCAGGUCCUCGGGGUGCCAGGGACACGGGCAGACCUCGCCCUUUACCCCCCGACCAUGAGCAGGCACACCUGGUUCCCUUUCCAGUACAUCUCCAAGCCCUUCUGGCGCGCAGAGAGCCACAACAGCACCAGCUUCCUCUCUGCACUCUACGGCUUCCCCAACCAGUCCUUCUUCCACAGCGAGCUGGACCUGAAGGACCUGGGCGACUUCGACAGUGGCACCAAGUAUGAGGGCGAGUCACAGAGCCGGGCGGUGAAGGCUCUGCUAAUAGUAGCCUACUCGGUGAUUAUAUGCAUCUCGCUCUUUGGCAAUGUCCUGGUGUGCCACGUGGUGAUCAAGAACAAAAGGAUGCAUUCAGCCACCAGCCUCUUCAUCGCCAACCUGGCGGUCGCGGACGUGAUGAUCACCAUUUUGAACACCCCCUUCACGCUGGUGCGGUUUGUAAGCAGCACCUGGGUUUUUGGAAAGCUGAUGUGUCACAUAAGCCGGUUUGUUCAGUACUGCUCAGUUCAUGUAUCUGUACUGACCCUUGCUGCCAUUGCUCUGGAUCGACACCAGGUUAUCAUGCACCCUCUGAAGCCACGCAUGUCCAUGGUGAAAGGAGGGAUUUGCAUCAUUAUCAUCUGGGUUAUGGCCAGCUGCUUCUCACUGCCUCACGCCAUUUAUCAGACUCUGGCAAGAUUUUAUAUCGGGAACAGAACAAUCCGAAUGGUCUGUCUCCCCAGCUUCCCUCCUCCUGCUGACCUUUUCUGGAAGUAUUUGGACUUAACAACUUUUGUUCUCUUGUAUGUCCUGCCCUUGCUUGUGAUCUCCAUCACAUACACCAUGGUGGCCAAGAAGCUCUGGCUGAGAAAUGCCAUUGGGGACAUCACCAUGGAGCAGUAUUAUGCCCAUCAGCGGAAAAAGAAGAUGACACUGAAGAUGCUGAUGGUGGUGGUGAUAGUGUUUGCAGUGUGCUGGUUCCCUCUGAACUGCUACGUGGUGCUUAUCUCCUGUAGGGCCAUCCACAGCAACAACGCUCUGUACUUUGCUUUUCACUGGUUUGCCAUGAGCAGCACUUGCUACAACCCCUUCAUCUAUUGCUGGUUGAACGAGAGCUUCCGAUCUGAGCUGAAAUCCUUGCUGUGUGUGUGCCGGCGAAGGAGUGCAGCCCAGAGCCAUGCUCUGCAGUCCAUAUCCCCUCCUUUCAGGCACGCCUGGGUUGAGAAUUGCCAUUAUAAAAGAGACAGCGCCUGUCAGAAAACAAGGGCUUCACCCCAAAGGAACUCUGCAAAGACAGACAUAUCCAGUGUUCAGCCAAUUGUGACAGGAAACUAAACCCUUGACCAGGCCAUAUUGUGUUAUAAUCGCAAAAUUACGGAAAAAUCGGGUUGGAAGGGACUGCUGGAGAUCAUCUAGUCCAACCUCCUGCCCAAAGCAGGCUAACUUUGAAGGUAGAUUGGGUUGCUCAUGGCCUUGUCCAGUCAGGUUUGGAAAAUCUCCAAGGAUGGACUGCCCACAUGUUGGCUCCAGUGUGUGGUACCAGGUGCAUUUUUAAUCAGAACAGUCGGCAAAAAUUAAGAAAAUUAAUAGCACAUGAAAUCUUUCAUAAGCAUAUAAACAGAACUUACACUGAUUAUACACACACCAGCUAAUGCACAUCAUUUUUAAUGGGAUGUCUGUUUAUACAUAGAGAAAUACUGUGUUGGUUCCCACUUGGUAUUUAUUUUUAAUUUAUUCAAGAUGAAUAACAUUUAUAGCCAUUCUCAAAUUUAAAAAUGCAACAUUUUAGCUGCUUAAUUUGCUGUUAUUUUUAUUAUGCAGAUCUGGACAUCUGAUUCAUUCAAACCAAUAAGUGUUUCUGCCAGUACCAGACAGCUGUGCUUCCCAGCGACAAUCAAAGAAAUACCUCAAAAAACAAAAUGAGAACACAACUUAGAAGUAGAACAGCGAAAAACUCACCCCAUUUUGCAAGCAUUCUUCUUUAAAUGGUUUUGUUCAGUAAGGAUUGUUAGUAGUCACCAUAAAACAUAGUUUAUAUUGUAAUCUGUGAUCGAGAAAGAAAUUAUUCAAGUGAGAUCAUUCCCAAGCAUUAGCCAGCUGAGGAAGCAACCCUUUGUUAAAAUACAUAUCACAUAUCAUUUUCCUAAGGAUUAAACAAAUGCCCACUCAACAAACUCCCC